UUUCUUUCAAGAAUAUUAAUCAGUAAUAACAAUCAACAAAUUAUUUCAACUCCUUUUUGCUUUCUUGGAAAAUUUCCUAAUUACAUUGAUCCAUCCAUGGCGUGGUCUCCUCAAGCUGCCAUGAAGGCUUACUUACACACUCUUCAAUUGUCUGAUCAAAAUGAAGAGGAGACUCCAAAAAGCAUGGAGUUCAUAGCAGCUUCAGCAGCAGGAAAGCAAGCCAAACUAAUGGUAGAGAUAACCACACAAGGAAUAACACCAUAUACCAUAACUCUUGCAGUGGCAGCAAAGCACACAGGUGGCACGCUUAUUUGCAUUCUUCCUCAUCAACACCAUUUCAACAAAUUCAAAACCCAAUUAAAAGAUCACCAUCAACAUCUCAAAGAUGUCAUUCAAUUUGUCUGUGGAAACCCUUACCAAUUAGUCAUGGAUUACAAGAAGAUUGAUUUUAUUGUUGUUGAUGGAAAGUUGAAGGAUCGUUUAAAAUUGGUGAAGAUGGUUAAUUUGAAUCCAAGCGGGUGUAUUAUAGUAGAGCAUAGUUUAAAUUAUAGAAAAAAUGUUAGUAUUUCUUUGGGUCAGAUUUUGAAGGCCAAACAUGGAGUUGGGAUUGUGAGUUUGGCAAUAGGGGAAGGGAUUGAAUUCACGAAAAUUGAGUCCAGCCAUAGAUACAAGAGAUACACAAGAUUUCAUGUCACCUUUGAGAAUUGAACAACUAAUUGUUGCAAUUGCUAUGGUCUCUAUUUUUUCUUAUGACAUUCCAAAAUAUGUACCUAUGUGUUGUAACUAUAUACAAAUUUGAUAUGUUGAACUUUGUAAAAAAGAGAUACUAAUCUGAUUAGUUGCUGUAAGCAAAUUUUUUGGGUUUAA